GGUUGACGUGAUGGCUACCUUAUUCUCCACGAAUCAACUCCACAUAAACUAAACUUGGCCGAUAUAUGAAAUCGGUUUGUUAUAUCUGAAUAUUGUUACAUCCUGAUAUGCUCACAGUAGUCGGGGGGUGGGCUUGAUCUUUAAGCGCAGCAUUGACUUCACAGCGGACAUGUUCCCUUAACCUAUUUUUAGAAUCCUGUUACCUUGUUUGUAAUGUCAAGUGUGAUUUAUUUUAUGAAUGCAUUUUAAGUUUUCAUUGAUCUGAUGCACGUUGCUGUGUAGCCUAUAGAAGUGUUCGCCGUGGUUCGCACUGAAUCAACACUAGUCUACCGCUAGAGGGAGCCAGCGAGCUAGUUUACAGAAAGAUUUGAAGUGGCUGAUCUUGCGGAAUAUUUAGGCCAAGGCGAAUUACACAAAAACCACAAGGCAUUUACACUUUUGUUUCACAUCAUAAGCAUACAUUUCUUCAAGUGCUUGAUACGGUUAGGGUUAUAAUUUGUAAUGUAUACAAUGUGUCUACAUUAGUCUCACACUGGCCCCCUGCUGGUUAGGAUUGGAAAUGUCAUUUUUGACUUUGAUGUUUUCCUUCCCCCUGUUAGAGGGGAAGUUCAGUUUGAAGACACGGCUGCCAUGAACUAGCUACACCAGUGAGUCCGAACAUUAGGCAGUCGUGAUGCCCAUCCACAAGGACGUGUGUUUAACCUACUUAUAAUAUCUGGCCUAUCCGUAACAGUAACGGUCGUUCGCUUUCACACCACAGUAAAUAAGUUCUGCGCAGUUCCGUAAACUUGACACACGCUGGACUACCCUCCCCCUCCCUUACUGCCGGGGCUGACUUGACAGCUAACUCGACGAUAUGCCCUUCGGCGUGCGACGCCCACCAGCGCUGGACUUUUCUCUCCUGCAAAGGGAUUUUUAAUCAGUAAAACAACGAGUGGCCAUUGCUUUGAGUGGCCGUUGCUUUGAGUGGCCGUUGCAUUGAGUGGUCGUCUCAUGGCGGGAGCCUGUUGCAAAUGUUCCGCGUCUCUGUCGGUGAUCAAACGCUCUCUGUCCGUCACCCCACGGGGCUCUGCUCCUGCCUCACGACCGAUCCAUUCGUGGGCAAGACUGGGCGAGAGAGGCGUUCACGACGGGUGGCUGGCGGCGCGUCCCUCCUCCACACUGAAGACGGUUAACUCCUAUCGUCAUCCAGCGUUUCUUUGCUUCUCUUGUCAGGAGUCCAUGACGGAGAGCCUGAGGACCUGUUACGUCUACCUGAACCAGACCAGCCGGAGUUUCGCAGCAGUCAUCCAGGCUUUGGACGGAGAGUUAAGGCACGCGGUGUGUAUCUUCUACCUGGUUCUGCGUGCGCUGGACACCGUGGAGGACGACAUGACCAUCCCUCUGGACCGGAAGGUUCCGCUGCUGCAGGACUUCCACUCCUUUCUCUACCAGCCCGAGUGGCGCUUCACGGGCAGCCAGGAGAAAGACAGACAGGUCCUCGAGGACUUCCCCACGAUCUCAGUGGAGUUCCGCAACCUGGGUCAGGAAUACCAGGAUGUGAUCGUGGACAUCUGCCGCCGUAUGGGAGUGGGAAUGGCGGAGUUCCUGGAGAAGAAAGUGGGAUCCAUGACGGAGUGGGAUAAGUACUGCCACUAUGUGGCUGGUCUGGUGGGCGUGGGCCUGUCCCAGCUGUUCUCUGCGUCCCAAUUGGAGGAGCCGGAGGUGGGCGGGGACACGGAGCUGGCCAACUCCAUGGGUCUCUUUCUGCAGAAGACCAACAUCAUCAGGGACUACCUGGAGGACCAGCAGCAGAGUCGAGCCUUCUGGCCACAGGAGGCGUGGAGUAAGUUCUCGUCUGGCCUGGAGGACUUUGCGGAGCCGCAGCACCUGAGCUCUGGGCUGGCCUGCCUGAACCUGCUGGUGACCGACGCCCUCCGACACGUCCCUGACGUCAUCAGCUACCUGUCCCGCCUGCGUAACCAGAGCGUCUUCAACUUCUGUGCUAUCCCUCAGGUGAUGGCGAUAGCGACCCUGUCCGCCUGCUACAACAACCCCAUGGUGUUCCAGGGCGUGGUGAAGAUCCGCAAGGGCCAGGCGGUCACACUCAUGAUGCAGGCCACCAACAUGGGGGCAGUGAAGAGCAUCAUCGCACAGUACAGCCAGGAGAUGGUGCCCAAGGUGUGUGUGUCGGACCCGUCGUGUGAGCGCACGCUGCACAUGUUGGCUCUGAUCCGUGAGCGUUCGCUGUGCGGGGACUCUCACACACACACACACACACACCACCUGUCUCCCGUCUACCUCUCGGCCGCCAUGCUGCUGGCCGCGCUCAGCUGGCAGUACCUCAGUGCCACCGCCACGGCCACCGCCACCACCACGCCCCCCGGCACCACAGACAUGCAGGGGCACUGAGAACACACACACACACACACACACACACACACACACACCCCGGCUCCACAGACACCCCAGCCGCCCCCCCUCACAGGGGACGCACAGUCCCCCCAUACAUACAUACGCUCAUACAUGUUGUGCCAGACUGUUUCAACAGUGUGAGACGUGUGUGUGUGUGUGUGUGUGUGUGUGUGUGUGUGCCAGACUGUUUCAACAGUGUGAGACGUAUGUGUGUGUG